AUGGACCUCAGGACUUCAAGCUUGUCUGUUGUUCCUUCCACCAACGGGUCCACCUUCCUGGCUACAGCUUGCCUUUUAAAAAUUUUGAUUGUGGACGAUUUCAUAAAAAGCCCCUUUAUUCCAAGAAUAGUUAUUAAUGAAGGUCACGAAGGCUCUGGUGAAGCCAAUCAGAAAGAGACUUCCACCUGCGAUAUUUGCCAGUUUGGCGCAGAGUGUGACGAAGACGCCGAAGAUGUCUGGUGUGUGUGCAACAUUGACUGUUCUCAAACCAACUUCAAUCCCCUCUGUGCUUCUGAUGGGAAGUCGUAUGAUAAUGCAUGCCAAAUCAAAGAAGCGUCGUGUCAGAAACAGGAGAGAAUCGAAGUCAUGUCGCUGGGUCGAUGUGAAGAUAACACCACUACAACUACUAAGUCUGAAGAUGGGCAUUAUGCAAGGACAGAUUAUGCAGAGAAUGCUAACAAGUUGGAAGAAAGUGCCAGAGAACACCACAUCCCUUGCCCAGAACACUACAACGGCUUCUGCAUGCACGGGAAGUGUGAACAUUCUGUCAACAUGCAGGAGCCAUCUUGCAGGUGUGAUGCCGGUUACACUGGACAGCACUGUGAAAAAAAAGACUACAGUGUUCUCUACGUUGUUCCGGGCCCUGUGCGAUUUCAGUACGUCUUAAUCGCGGCUGUAAUAGGAACUAUUCAGAUUGCUGUCAUCUGUGUGGUGGUCCUCUGCAUCACAAGGAAAUGCCCCAGAAGCAACAGAAUUCACAGGCAGAAGCAAAAUACAGGGCACUACAGUUCAGACAACACAACCAGAGCGUCCACGAGGUUGAUUUAAAAGGAGCAUGUUGCACAGUGGCGGACUACCAACAGAUUGGACUACACAAUACAGGAUUAUAGACAAAAGAGUAAGACAAGAGGUCUACACAUGUUGCCUUGCAUUUGUGGUAAUCUACACCAAUGAAUACAUGUACUACAACUAUAUUUGAUUAUGUAUGGAUAUAUUUGAAAUAGUAUACAUUGUCUUGAUGUUUUUCUGUAAUGUAAAUAAACUAUUUAUAUCACACAAUAUAGUUUUUUUCUUUCCCAUGUAUUUGUUAUAUAUAAUAAAUACUCAGUGAUGAGAAAAUACUGGCAUUCUUAAAUUUGCGGUAUUUCAUAAAUGUAAACAUGGUCAAGCUAGUGCAAUCUGUGCAGGUACCAUUUUUUCAUUUUUCUCUGCAUCUUGAGAUCAAGAAUACUUUAUAGAAUACUCGGUGGCUAGUUUUGAGUGAUUGCAAGAUCAAGGGAAAUGAUGGCUAUUUGGAAAAGAGACAAAAUAAUUUACUUUAUAUUGAGUGAGGGUAAAAUAUUUCAGAUCUUUGAAUUAUGUCUAUUCCAUCAAAUUUCUUCCCUGAUCUUCCUUUUUCAUCCCCAAAGCAGAAAAAUAUCUGGCAUAUAAAUUAAAUCAAAGCCAAAGGAAAGGGAAGAUAUAGUAUAACUCAUAAAAGAGAGGAAAGAAGGAGUUAGUUUUUAUUUGAGAAGUAUCAUAGGAUCUCUCAGUUAAAUGCAUGUCUGAAAAGUCCAAACUAGCUACAUGUUAGAUCUAGAGAGAGCACAAUUUAGAUGAGUAGAAUUAACAACUGGAGGGGGGAAUUUAAAAACAUCAUUAAAUGUUAAACAAAAACCAUGAAUUCUUGGAAGCACCAUAUUACAUUAUAGUGUAUAGUUCCUUAAAAAUGUUAGAAUCACAGCCAGAAGCCUCAUGAAUAGCUUUAUGAUUAAUGCAGUAACCUACAUUAUUUGAAAUGGAACUAAGAUAAUAAAAUUUCAUGAAAACAGAAAAAUACAUUUGAAACAUAUUUAUAUGGUGAGAUAAGAAAGAAAAUUAAACCCAUAAAACUGAAAGACCUUAGCAAUGAGUUGGGAUGGACUUUUAUUUGAUUUGAACACACAGAUAGGUAUAACCACCUUGGGAAAAAUAUUCAAAGAAUAUGAUUGAGUUUACAAAUUAAAUAAUUGCUUUAUUAUUAUUUUAUUCUUCAGAGGUUUCCCUGGCUCAUCUAGUAAAUCUAGAUGAAACCUUCAAAUGAACUUCACAUGAAAUUGAAGUACUGAUGUGUCUAUAUAUCCCGUAAAAAUGCAACACAUAUCGAAUCAACACAUUCUGAAUAUAUUCAGUGAAAGAUAGUUUUUCUGAAGUGAUAUCUAAGAUUUGUUAUGAUAUAAAUAAAAGUGACAACCUAAAUAGGAUUUAGGACUCUGUGAAAACCCUGGUUUCCUAGUUUAGUCAUCACUUUGUAAAGUGUGAAUCUAUUGGUAUAGCCAUCAUUCAAGUGCUUUCAUAAAUCAUCGCUAAGAUACUUGUACAAAGCAAAUUCCUUUCAGAUUUCUGCAUGGAAUUUAGUUGAACAGGUGCAGAGAUGCAAGUGAUGCUGCCUUUCUUUGCAAGACAAAUCCUUCUGCCUCCAGAACAAAGAACAAAAAUGCAGCAUCACAGAGUUAACAGAGAUGUAAAAAAAAAAAAAGCAAUUCUAUCGACUUUGACAUCUUAUUAUGAAAUGGCUUAUUUCAUUAAAUAUUGAUACAUUACUGUGUGCAAACUUCAACCAAAAUACCAUAAACCUAAAUGCUGGAAAAGUCCUUGGACUUAAUAAUACAUUCCUUCUGACCUUUAUGUUCACCUCCCCUUGAAUGAUUUCUUUUUGAAAGAUUCAUGCUGAUUCUUAAGUGAGUUUAUACUAUGUGCCUGACACUAUUCAAGGUUUCAGAGAAAUACAAAUUAAACACUUCUAUUCCAACGGAACUCACAAUAUAGUCUUGAGAAACAGUU